AUGGACGGACUCUCGGUCGGCAUUCGACGCUCGGCCUUUGAGAAAUUGGCGGCCUUGGCCGUCAAAUCCCCAGGCAAUGACGAUGUGUCGGACCUCGCACGCCUUGUACGACAGACUCGACACGCACGUCAACCGGACGGAAACGCAAAUGGAGCGCUCGCUGAACAAGCUCCAACGUCCCGAGUUCCCAUGGGACUCCGUGAGUUGGAUGUCUUACUUGCGCUGUGUAGCGCAGCCUCCUCCGUGAGUGACCCGGAGCAUGCCAACCGCCUGGCAUCGCAAUUGUCUCGCUAUUUGCCAGAAUCACCAACCCAAUUGUUCCGCCCAUCUCCUUUUCUUCACCAGGUCAAGCCGUCGCCAUGGGAGACACUCUCCCACGGCCUCACCAAGGCGCUUUUGACACUGGCGACGAAAUUUCCAUCUUUGCGAAUGGUUGCACUGGAUGCGAUCAGUGGGUUCAUGAAAAACUGUGCAGAUGCAGUGGACGCUAUUACACCACUGCAGUACUCUCUAUCGGAGACGGGUGGGAAAGGCGUAGUACAUGAAUCCAUCGCCGUACUGUCAAUUGCAGUGUCACUGGUCGGGUUUUUGGAAGCCGCUGCCCUGUGUACCGCAAUCUGGACGGCUGAAGAGAAAUUGCAAGUCAUCGACCAUCUGCGGUCAAUGGUGUCUGAACCGUUCAUGAUUGCCGUCGAGACCGCUUCAUCGACGGUGCGCAAUGCCGGCCACUCCGACAUUCCAAUCAAAGAUUGGCGGAGGUUCUCCAAGCGUUACGCGACGCAGGGUCGUCCGCUGGGUGCCAUGCUCGUGCAAGAAGGACUCAUGCAAUUUGUCAAGUCCUGCGCUGUGUCACUGAUUGGAUCUCCCCAUCUCACCGAUGAUCAGCUGCUGGACGACUACAUGGCGGGUCUGGGAAUUGCUAAGAGCUAUGACGAGGGUGAAAUCGUCUUGAUCGAGCGUGUCACUGAUUUGAUCAAUGAAGAAAUCAAUUUGCUGGAGGACGGCUCGGAUUACUUGCAGGUCGGAUCUCCUUCUCAGCAGCGGUUGGCUUUCUCUGUGAAGAGCCACGCGCUUGUCGGAUUUUUAAACUGUGUCAUCCUGGGAGAAGAUGCUGCGAAUAAUGACGUCCUUCUGUCUUGGUUGGAGAACACUAUUGGCAACGCACAGCAGAUGGCCUCUAAAGAAUUGGCGAUUACCACAUUGAAGUGCAUGGCUAUUCUCGCUAGGAUGUCAUCGAACGGGGCCACGCUCGGCCGACGCUGUUUAUUGCAGUACUUGGUUCAUGGUCGUGCAUCACAGGGCCCAGUUGUGGCUGUGGCCUCACGCUGUUUGGCCCAGAUUCUCAGCAUCCUGUCCGAAGACUCGGUGAUUGCGACAUUGUACUCGUUGGGUAAUUCGUUGAGCCCCGGUCCCAUGGCUGAUCAGACAGUCCAAGAUCACCUCCUCAUCGACUCUACUGGCCUCACUGGAAACCUGGUGGCCUACGCUCAUGCCGGAGACGCAAGCCAGGCGACCCUCUCUGCUCUGGGUGAAGACGAGACUCUGACGAACCGCAAUGUUGUGCAUGCCAUUGUGAACAUUGCGGCCAGCUGCAAGGAUGAUAAGAUCAGCGCACUUGCCCAGUCAAUGCUUCUCCAGAAAGUUGGCAAGAUCAAUGUCUCGGUCGACGCGUUCAUCAUUCAAGAGACUGCCGUACUUGCUCUGAGUAUCGGCCAGCCCGAAUUUCUGUUGCUGCUGAAAUUCUACACUCGCAUCUACCUCGAUGGCUUGCACAAGGGCUUGAACAUCAUCACUGAUGCUGUUCAGUGUGCCUGGUCAUAUCUCGCCGUCUCUCUAGGUGUGAAGUCUCCACUUCACAGGCUUUUCUUAACCCACCUUCUGGAGAGCGUCGUGAACAAGGGUGACAUCCCUGACAUGGGAGAAUCUGAACGCCAUAAAGAUGUCGUCUUCGCUCAUGGCGACAUAACCCCAUUGUUGAGGCCUUUGGCUUUGCUGGCUUCCUCGCGAACACUCAAUGAAGAAACGAACCUCUUGACCUUGGGAUAUGACGAGGGUAUCUGCUCGCUUUUCCGUGAUGCUUGGUUCAACAUUUCGAUUCAUGGAAUCACAGUUAAUUCAAGUGUCUAUCAUAAACACCUCAAGGAGCUGAGCCUGCUGGCAAGCUAUUCUCCGCCCCUCAUCGCGGAGGAGCGCAUGGAAUCCCUCGAGAGUGAUGUGGAGCUUAACACAGUACUUCGAAGAGGCACAAGUUCCAACCGCCUCCAAGAGCAAAAGCGCCUGCUGACGGCAGAGCUUCCUGGGAGAGACUCUGACAUAAAGCGUCUCGACUAUCCCCGUUUGGUGUUUCUGAACGCGGUGCUGUUAGUUGAAACACUUCGCUCGCUAAGCGGCGACUGCACCAAGGUCCUCAACUAUUUCCGUGAUCCGGCCGUGGCAGCUCCAGAGAUGGUGACUUGCAUGAAUGCUGUGGCAGACAAGGUCGUGGCUUGCUAUCUUACGCGGACGCUCUCUGGGGAAUAUGACGAGUUCUCGGCGCCUUAUCUGGCGAAUCAGCUGGCCAACUUUUUGACUGCUUGCUGCCAUCGCAUUGAGAGGAUUCAGAACAUUGCAACAUUGUGCACGGAUAAGAUUAUACGUGAAUGUCCAUCCGCUUUAUGUGAGAAGAAGUCUCUGUUCGCUCUGCUUGAGAUUCUCACUGUGAUGUGGUCGUCAUGCUUACAAGGCGAACUUGACGAGUUCGAGUGGCACCCAACCUUAAUCUCACCCAUGGGCAUUGUAAAGGUCGAUUUGCCAGACAAUUACGCACUUCGGAAAGCGACCCUGCACAGGUUCCUCGCAAAAGCUAGGACAUGGGUGAUGGCGGUCUUAAAUAUCGCCCCGCUGGAUGUGAAGGGACUCUUACAGACAUACUUAUCUGAAUACGACGACGACGGCGCUUACGGACACAUCGCCUUGGGUCGUUCAUUUGCUCUGGAGAUGGGCUCAUUGAUUCCGCUCAGUGACCCAAGACUUGGGUCGAUUGAUCCACUCGAAAGUGAGGCAAAUAUUGCCUCGGACUUCAUGGCGCUUUACACUACACGCCAGAAGUAUCGUCGACCGGAUGAGUCCUCGUUUGAUUUUGGGGAGAUUGGUCGAUCUCUUGAAACAAAUGGUCUCAAAGCUGACUCCGACCCUGCGAGUGAGUCAGGCCGUACUCUUGAAUAUUGCCUUGCUCGCAUGUAUGGCAGGAGCAUGAAAGGCGAGAGUGUUCCUUUCGUUGAGGUAAGAGAUGCGCUACGACAAGCUGCGCGUCUGAUUUGCGGUAGCGUCAGCCCUCGCUUAUCCAUUGUCCAUUACCUGGUGGCCUUGCCCUUCCAAAUUUUCGACAAGGAAACCAUGAAGCUGGGCGUCUCAUUGUGGGUUGGUGUGAUCCACGAGAACCCCAGCGUUGAGCCGCGAAUCCUAGCUCACGUGGUGGAGGCGUGGGAUAAAAGCAUUCAGCGACGACAGGGCUUAUUCGACCCCAAGUUCGACUACCUGGAUCCACUGCAAACAAAAAUCGAGCUACUCCCAUCCGACAAGGCAGGAAUGUUAAGACAACAACAAAAUGCGCAGGAUACAUUGUCACCACAUCUGCGUGUGCUUCAGUUCUUCGAAAGUCAUUUCAGUGCUGUACGGUUGGGAAAUCUUCAGGACCACCAGCUGUUCUGUCGGAUGAUCAGCAACACUUUGGUUGCCUUGACCAAAACAACCGCUCAUCCUCUGGCCAGAGAGAUCCAUUUCCGCCUUGUUCUUUUUGGCUUGCGUGUUCUUCAAAAUAUGAGCCCACGUAACACAACCGCCUCCUGGAAGCUCAAGGAUCAGAUUCUAUCGGCUGCAUUGAGUUGGUUCAAGCACGCACCAAGAUGGUCAUUCGGCGGCAAUCGCCUGCAGAUUAAAGCAGAAGACAAGGUUCUUGGCGAAGUUUUAAACGCCCUGCGAGGCACCGCGGACAUCGCUUCCACCACACAAGGGUUCUACAAAUCCCUGCAUUCCAGGCAAGACCUCACGCAACUGCUGCUCGAGAAUGAGCGUAUGCGUCUUCGAGUUUGGUUGUUCCCAUUGGAACCUGAGCGAAAGCAUCACAUACCCUCAAUUGGUGGCAAGACUUCUUCUUCUGAUUCUAUCACGAACUACCUUCGCCUUGCAUGGGCCGAGAACGCCGGUCUGGCAAUCCAGCUCGCAGCACGAUUCCCGUCAGUGAAGAUGCAGACUGAGAUCCGGGCCUUGAUCCUCAAUGAACCCGUGAAAGCUCUUGGUGAGCCAGCCGCGUUGGAGCUCAUGUUCGACUCGUCGUUGCAGCCCGAUGUCAACUCUCAAUUGAAGUAUUUGCUUUACUGGGCACCAGUCAACCCCACUGAGGCGCUGACCUACUUCCUGCCCGCUUUCGGAAACCACCCAUUCAUUCUUCAGUAUGCCAUGCGAGCGCUCGAGAGCCACUCAAUGGAUGUCCGAUUCUACAUUGUGGCGCAAUUAGUUCAAGCCCUCAGAUAUGACGAUCUCGGCUACGUUGAGCGUUAUACACUUGAAACAGCAAAGCAAUCUCAACUUUUCGCCCAUCAGGUGAUUUGGAAUAUGAAGGCUAAUUCGUACAAGGACGAGGACUCUCAGGUGCCCGACCCGAUCAAGCCUACGCUGGACCGGUUCCUCGACUCCUUGCUUGCAAGUUUCACCGUGGAAGAACGGGACUUCUACGACAGGGAGUUUUCUUUCUUCAACGAGGUCACCGACGUCUCGGGUAAACUUCGCCCGUACAUCAAGCGAAGCAAACCCGAGAAGAAACAGAAGAUUGAAGAAGAACUUCGCAAAAUCAAGGUCGAGGUCGGCGUUUACUUGCCUAGUAAUCCAGACGGUGUGGUCAUUGGAAUCGACCGCAAAUCUGGCAAGCCGUUGCAGAGUCACGCUAAGGCACCUUAUAUGGCAACUUUCCGAAUUCAAAAGACACGUCCUCGUCUUGAAAGCAAGGGCGAUAUGGCCAAGGCUGUGUCCAAGAUCGGAGCUGAUGAACGCCAGCUUGCAAGCCGCUCCGGUGAACCUGAUCUGGAGACCUAUGAAGUCUGGCAGUCGGCGAUCUUCAAGGUUGGUGACGACUGUCGGCAGGAUAUGCUUGCUCUGCAAAUGAUUGCGGCUUUCCGAAGCAUUUUCUCGAGCGUUGGACUAGAUGUGUGGGUGUUCCCUUACCGGGUCACAUCUACCGCGCCAGGCUGUGGUGUGAUUGACGUCUUGCCCAACUCUAUUUCUCGUGACAUGCUUGGCCGAGAAGCCGUGAAUGGCCUUUAUGACUACUUCGUCUCCAAAUACGGAGGCGAAGACUCGAUUCGAUUCCAGGAAGCCCGCACCAACUUCGUCAAGAGUAUGGCUGCAUACUCUGUAAUCUCGUACCUGCUUCAGUUCAAAGACCGACACAACGGCAACAUCAUGAUUGACGACGCAGGCCACAUCAUCCACAUCGACUUCGGUUUCUGCUUUGAUAUCGCACCCGGUGGUGUCCGAUUCGAGCGCGCGCCAUUCAAGCUAACGUCUGAGAUGGUCGCCGUCAUGAGCGGAACCCACAAUCCAGCCCACCAUACCGGCAGCGGUGGAAUCAGUCUACCGGGCAGCAACUCGCACAACCCGACUAACACGCAGCCGUACCGAUGGUUCGAAUCUCUCGUGGUCAAGGCAUUCCUUGCAUCACGUCCCUACUGCAACAAGCUGGCGCACAUCGUGACGCUGAUGUUGGACAGUGGACUCCCGUGUUUCAAGCCAGAGACCCUGAAGAAUUUCCGCGAUCGAUUCGUCUUGGAAAAGAGCGAACGCGAUGCCGCGGAGUACAUGCGGGAAUUGACCCGUAAAUCCUACAUGAGCGUUUCCACCAGAGGAUACGAUCAGUUCCAGCUCAUGACCAACGGUAUUCCAUACUGA